UGGAGAAGGAGGUGAGAAGGAAAACAGCGUCGGAGAGGGAGGACACAAGUUGCAUGGCUGAUUCCUUUGUCGCCGUGUCACGCUGUUACCCUGCUAUUAUCGAGUAGAUUCACACAUCGCUCUGCUACACCCACCUCUUCUGAUCAGGUCUGCGCGGUUGGCUUGUAUAAACGGGAUCACCAGGUCCAAGACCAAGAUGAUCGAGGAAUCUGUCACCACUUUCGAGACUCAUCUGACGGCAGUCAUGGACAGUCUGAUCCGGGCGUCCGUCUGUGAGAUCAGCAAACUCUUCAAAGAGACAGUCCACGGGUACCUGGUGGAGCUGUCCCUCAACAGGAAGGAGAACGAUGCUCUGAAGCUGCGACUGAGGCUCACAGAGAACAAGCUGCGGACCGAGCGCAAGUACGGCAUGGGCUGGGCCGCCAGCCGCCGCAACGCUGGACUGGCAGGGGCAGAGGAAGGGUCAGGAGUGCGGCAGAAACGAAAAGUUGAGGUGGCGCGAGGCAAGUCAAAGAAGGCAAUUGGAACAGCAUAUCGCAAAGGCUGGCCUGGAGCUAUGUGGGUGGAAGGAGGAGCUCAGAGUGACAACAACAACAUGUUGAGUGGGAGAAACGCCGUUGUAGGGGCAGUGGGUUUGGCCAGAGGACCGGGACCAGGUGCCAGAGGGGAAAAGGAGGCCAGGGAGAUGUACCUGAUCCAGCUCCCCAGGGGUGAAGAAGAUGAGAUGCUGGAGAACGAGGAAGGGGAGGGCAGCUUCGACGGUGAGGGGGAGGAGACGACCAACAUCAAAGAGGAGUACUGUCAGGUUGAAGAAUAUCAACCUGCCUCUCUGAAGCUGAUCAAAGAGGCUUUAAAGCUGGACACGCCCGUCCAGAACCUCCAUACUUGCUCCCGAGCCCAGAGUGAAGUAGAUGCAUCAGAACAUCCCACCAACCUUCAACCAGCGCAGAGGAACGUGGAGGAGUGGCAGGUGGGCGCCCCGGUGGAACCGUCUGAGGGCGGCAUGACGGUGGACCAGCUCCGGGGUCUGGAGUCAGCGUUGAAGGCUGAGAAAAGCCGGGAGGAGGCUGCCAUGACGGUUUCUCAGCCCGUGGCUUCUGAACCGGUGGCGGUGUCCUGCAGCAAGAUGAACUUGCCUCAGAAAUACAUUGGUCUUGAUGGACUGGAGCAGGACGGCGAGCACAGGGCCCGGGCCGCGGCCGUGCAGAUGGAGGAGCAGAUGGGCCAAAGAGCAGCAAAGGAGCGCCUCAGGCCUGCGGUGUUCGGAGGGGUCGAGGGACGCACCGGCUGGUCCAAGAAGACCAGAGACAGCGACACCUCAGGGGGUCAGUCCGGGGAAGAAAUGAUGGAGCAGGGAGAGUCGGAACACCCCCCGCAGCUGUCCACCUCUGGAAGUGUUGGGGAGAGUGGAGAAGAAGAGGGUGGGGAUUUUCUACACUUUUGCCCUCAGUGUGGCGGCGGCUUCCCAUCUUUGGCUGAGAUGGAGGAACACCCUUGUCCGCUUGGGGGCGCCAACGUGCAGAGUACUGAUGGGGAGGAAAACGUGUACCCCUGUGCCCACUGCGGCAACACCUUCAGCCACGCUUGGGCCCUGAAGAACCACGAGUGCGCGUGCGCCGCAGAGCGACCUCACUGCUGCGAGAUCUGCGGGAAGCGCUUCACUCACUCGCGCUCACUGGAGCGGCAUCACCUGGUGCACUCCGGGGAGCGGCCGCACACGUGCCCCCAGUGCGGCCGCAGCUUCAGUCGGCUCGGGAACUUGGAGCGGCACCAGCGGAUCCACACGGGCGAGCGGCCGUACGGCUGCGAGGCCUGCGGGAAGCGCUUCAGCAGGGUAGAGUACCUCAAGAGGCACCAGCUCAUCCACAACAGCGAGAAAGUCACGCUGACCUGCUCCAACUGUGGAGUCACCUGCAGCGACGUGGAGCAGAUGAAGGCUCACCAGUGCUUUUAAGAGACCUGUCUCCUGGAACCAACGUUGGCACUCGGUUUUAUCUUGAACAACAUUGAAAAUCAAAGGGGGAGAAGACUAUUUAACAUAUCCAAAUAGUGAAGUUUUUAAUGUGAGAUAUCAAGUUAAAACUUUCAAUUGACAAUCUCAACGAAUGUAUAGCAUUUGUUCUUAUUUAUGAUAUCAAAUGUACAGUUCUUUCUUUCAUUAUUAUGAUGCUGUUGUUUUUAUCAUGACCGUCAUGUACGGAUACUUGAUAUUUUGUAUAUUUGUGUUUU